AUGGAAGUGAUGGUGGACUGCAGUGGAGGGAGUGAGAAACAAACAAAGAAAAAGGAAAGGGAGGGAGUGUGCAAUGCGUGUCGUGAGUCGUCGGUGACUGCCACCUGGACAACAAAGCUAAAGGGAAAAUUAGUAUCUAGUCUUGUUCAGAAAUUGACAAUCAUUGCUCUUAUUGUUGUCAGUGAGUGA